CUAUGACUUUGCAAGCAAGUUAUUGGAAGAUCUGAUCACCAAGGAGUUGACUUUCCCCUGGAGUCUGCUCAGCCAUGACAGUUUGAGUUUUUUCGUCAAUGAAGUAGAAAGAAGUAGAGAAGAGAGGACGUCAGUGAAAGAUUUGUUUAUGAAUAUCAGAUAGAAAACUAAGGAAUGAAUGAUUUUCUUUCCCUUUUUGGAAGUGAGUAGUCUGAGAUCAACAUGAAGUUCUGCAAAAAAUACCAGGAGUACAUGCUCGGAAAAGCACAAAAACUUCCUGAAGUUGGUUGCCAGAAGCUCAAGAAGAUAUUGAAAAAUUGCAGAAUAAGCGUUCUUUCCCAGGAAGACUACCAUCGUGAUGAAGCUCCAGAAAUACAACGCUGUCUUCACUAUUGCCCCGUUUGCGAUGCAAAAUUCUUCCCUUCUCUUGUCAAUGAUAUGUCAGCAGUAGUAAGCUACUUCAAUGAGCGCGCUCAGAAAUUGCUAAAGCUUCAUCAGGCUGCCGGCUUUCGCAAGUACUUAAAUUGGUUUAAUGGUAAACUUCGACGCUCUCAGUCUGAUGUUUCGUUAAUUGAAGAAGGCAAAGAUUUGGUUAUUUAUGCUCUCAUCAAUGCCAUCGCUAUUCAAAAGUUACUAAAGAAAUACGAUAAGAUUCAUAACUGUUGUAAGCAAGGGACGGCGUUCAAGUCACAAGCUCAAAGUAUGCAGAUUGAAAUCCUGCAAUCGCCUUGGCUGCGUGAGCUUAUGGCAUUCAACAUUAAUUUAAGAGAAACAAGUGUCAAUUCAAGUACUCUUCCUGAAUCCUCUGAAACUUACUAUCUCAGAUUCAGUGACGGAAAACCAUCACUCUCCUGUGAGCUAUUUGAUGCAGUCAAACUUGAUAUUGAUUUGACUUGUCCGGUGUGUUUGGAAACAGUGUUUGAUCCGGUUUCUCUGACAUGCGGCCAUAUAUUGUGCCAAAUGUGCGCUUGCUCUGCUGCAUCAGUCACCAUUGUUGAUGGGCUAAAGUCUGCAGAAUCUAAAGAAAAAUGUCCCCUUUGCCGACAGGCAGGAGUAUAUAAAGGUGUUGUACACAUGACAGAGCUUAGUAUUCUAAUAGGCCGAAGUUGCCCUGAGUAUUGGGAGAAGCGGCUUAAGAUGGAAAGAAAAGAGAGGGUUAGGCAGGCAAAGGAGUACUGGGAAUCUCAGUGUCGAGCAUUCGCAGGCAUCUAAUCACCCAAUUUCAUCUCAUUACCAUUACUCGUUGGCAGUCGCUAGCUCUUGUUCUGCUUCUGUAGUUUUUUUUUUUUUUAAUGAUUGGGGGUUUCCGAGUUAGUUUGCACGCACCUCAACAUUCACUCAGGACCUUAGAACUACCGAUCAGAUAAGAACUCUAAUGGUCAUCCCUAUUAGCAACUGUGGAGACUCGAAUCUAUAGUUGAUGUAGGACAAAUUUUUCUAAAUUAGGAUUAGUUUUUAUUUUCCUUUUUGUUAUUAGAAUUUCUAAUUUUGAUUAAGACUUUAUAUUUGGAAGUUUAUUUAUGUUAGGAUUGUAGUUAAAUU